CGUGGUGCUGAACGGACAGCGGCGCCGGGUGCCGCCGUCCUCUUCCGCGAAACGCAAGCGCUCACACCGCGAUGGCGAUGGGCGCGCACUCCAAGAAAGGCGGCUCUAGGAACGUCGCAGUGGAACGGAAGAACCUGAUCACCGUGUGCAGGUUUUCGGUAAAGACCUUGCUGGAGAAAUAUACGGCCGAACCAAUAGAUGACUCGUCAGAGGAGUUCAUCAAUUUUGCCUCCAUUCUUGAGCACAUCCUCAGUCAUCGCUUUAAAGGAGCAGGGAGCUGGUUUGAUGGCCAGCGCGGUUUCUGGGACUUCAUCCGUCUGGCCUGCAGUAAAGUGCAGAACAGCUGCAUCAGCAGCAUUGAGAACAUGGAGAACAUCAAUUCGUCUCGAGCAAAGGGCAGAGCUUGGAUAAGAGUUGCACUGAUGGAAAAACGUCUAUCCGAAUACAUCGCCACAGCGCUACGAGACAGUCGCACUACCAGGAGGUUCUAUGAAGAAGGGGCCAUCAUGUUAAGAGAAGAAGCCAGUGUUCUUACAGGAAUGUUAAUUGGACUAGGAGCAAUCGACUUCAGUUUCUGUUUAAAGGGAGAGUCUUUGGAUGGAAAGACGGAGGCGGUCAUUGAUUAUACACCAUAUCUCAAGUUCACUCAGAGCUAUGACUACCUGAGCGAUGAUGAUGACUGCUGCAGUGUGGACAGCAGCAACAGUGACGACAGCAUUCCUGAGCAUCCCUACAUUCCACUGGUCACAGACGAAGAAAGCUGGAGUAAUAAAUGUCGCAGGAUGGAACAGAGGUUCAAGAUCGUCAGUGCUCAGAAGGGCUAUCUAGAGGAGCUUGUGCGUUUGCGGGAGUCACAGUUGAAGAAUCUAGAGAUUGAAAACAAGAAACUAACCAAGAAACUGGAAGAGAUAAAGCUUCAGAGCCAUCAGGAGAAGAGAGAAUUGGAGUCUGUUGUUCUGGAGCUACAGGAGCAGCUGACAAGUCUGAUUCCUGGUGAAGCUCAUCCUUUGUCCAAGGACAUGUCUAUUCCUCUUGUAAACCAGUGGCCAUCAAUUCACACCUACAACAACCACGAAGAAAACCAGCUAUACUGCAGUCACAGUGGAAGCUUUCAGAGCCCUGAACUACUUUCAGCACACAUCAGCUUGGACUCAGUUUCCCAGAAAGCAGAGGGGAAGCCAAAUGGCCAACCUUGGUGCAAAACAGGUAAAGACUAUACGCCAUCCAUCUUGGGACUGUGUGGUUCACUGAGCUCAUUACCCAGCUGUAAGUCUCUGCCCAGUUUGAGGUCCACAGAGUGCCUGGUGAACAUUAGCGCAGAGCCAAGUCCUGCUCUCACGCCCAGCUAGACACACACAGAACUAUAUUUUAAUCAGCAAAGUCAUCCAAAGACACAACAGCCGAUAAUUUUAUUGUAAGUGCAGUACAGUAAACUUACUUGUGUGGUGUAUACCACAAAACGAUUAUUGUCACAGGAUUUCACACUGACUCACCUCAUUUCUGCUACUUUCACUGUUCCCAUUCUCCUGUUUGAUUGUUCUGGCAUCGUGUCUCUGGGUGUCUUUGCCAUAGACUUUCCCUUGACAGUGGACUAUGCACCGACUGCCUAACCACCUAAAACACCUCUAGCUAAACAGUUUCACAUUUUCAAAUAGCACCUGCCCUGUUUGUUUAUCCCUUUAAUUAAUAAAUGAGUCUUCUGCAAAAAAAAAUAAAAUAAUCAAAAAACAAACAAAAAAUAUGCACAAGGACAUAAUAAUAAUAUAAUUAAUACCAUAUAUAAUAUAUAAAUAUAAUACAUAGCUAUAACAUUAUCUUAAUAAGUGGUGAAACUAGAACAGCUGCCUUUUUCCUCUAUAGUCAAAUACAUUUUGAUGAACCAAACUGCCAAAAGAUGGAAAUGUGACAGCCAUUUCUGUGCCACGUAAAUCAAAGAUGCAUAUAUAAAUAUCUGUACUCUUACAGAUCAGGACAUAUAUAAUCAACUGUACAUGUAACUGCUACUUUGUCUCUUUUCAUUAGCCCAUCAGAAUCUGUUAUUUCUCUACUUAUGGGAGAACUCAUUGGAUCAAAGAGUCUGCUUAAAACUGUUGUGUGAGUGAGCUUGAGGUUGUCAUUAGACAAAUGAUUCAGUCUUUAUUCUUAAUGUUUAUUUGUUUUAACAUUGUAAAAUCAAUGUUUAUAACACCAGUGCAAA